AUGGUUGGUGCAGGCUGCCAUCCAUGGAAGGCCGUGAUCGCCGUGGUAGUUGGUCUCGUUCGAAGUUCCGCUCAAUCUGAAGAGAAGGCUUGGUUGCAAGCGGAUGUCUUUCUGCGGAGGAUUGUCACAGAGCUUGGCGUGGAAAUGAAGGAUGUCGAGUCGUUGGACUGCCUGUCGAGUUCGCAGGAUCAGCUAUCUGCUAACAUGACAAGGGCCCUCGACCUGGUGAGCAACCGCUUUGAACAAGACUACCUUCUCAGUUUGCGUGCAGGUCUUGAACGCCUGGGCCAGUCCCUGGCCUCCAUGGCGCUGCAGUCCAGUGCCUGCCUGCGAGAUGAUGCGUCUAUGGCAGCCUUCAAGACGGCCGUCGCUCAAAUGAACAAGCUGGUCAUGGCAGGGCGAGUGAACGCUGGCUACUGCCCCUUCACCGGCAAGCAGCAGACAACACUUGGCGGCUCAGAGGUUGGCAGACUGCUGAGAAAGCUGACGACAAUUAGACGGCAAGGAGCCACAGAGACGGCACAGAAGACCCGCAAGCUUGCCCGUGUGAUUGGGAAGCUCUUGCGAGAGGUGCGAGAUACAGGUGACGGCCCAGACCCGGCCGGAGCAAUCCCUGUGAAUUGGGAGAUGAGGAUGGCGAUGUUCGGCGGCCACAUGGAACUGUGA